UGACAUAAGUUGCAUCAGCUGUGCCUUCUCACAGAGAUCUGAGCGCAUUUGUGUGCAGGUAUAGAAUUCCGUUCCCUUGUGUUGAGGUCAUUUAAAAGCGGUGAGAUUUCAGUAUAUUUCAUACGACGCAGAAGAAUCGCCAUGGCGACUGUGGUUUAGUUUAACUGGGCUGGAAGCGGCGCAGGAGGUAAUUUGCAGGAUGCUACCGGAGGUGUCAGUUCUGUUGCUUAUGGUAGAAAACGAUGUGCUCGCUUAUUAGUUAUGUGUUUAAUAACUUAAACGCAAACAUAUAUUUACACGUUACUUCUCACGAACUGCACUACACCGCUGCUAUCAAAUACGAUAGCUUCCAGUUUACUGUCAGGAUAGUCAAAACAGCGGAACAUGCUCAGGAUGUCUCCUGUGACGAAUAGUGUCGCAGCCUCGGAAUGGAACCGGGCCGCCGAGUCGAGCCCAGCUGACACGGACUCUGAGCCGGUGUGCGACUGGAGAAAGUUCGGCAACCUGUGCAGCCGAGACGAGAAGGAGCGAUCGGCGGCGCUGGGUGUCCUGUCACGGACCGUGCUGGCGUUUCUCGACAGGGUCGCGCCGGCCCGAGCGGAGAACGGAGCGGUCAAAGACGGGACGCCGCAGUGGGAGAGGGAGAGCCCGGGAGGAGGAGGCGGCGGCAUCGAUAAGGCGAUGCUGUUGCUGCUGUUAAGUCUGUCUCGGAACUGCCCCUUCAGAGACAUCAGUGAGAAAACAUCGCAGCUUCUCCAAACAGCACAGGAGCACGGUGUUCAGAUCCCACAGGCGCUGGGGCAGGGACCCAGCUGCUUCAUCCCCGUGGAGGAGAUGGUGGAGGAGGGCGUGGUGCAGCCGAUCCUGAGGGAGGCCUUUGUGUCGCUGGGCCGCCUCGAUCAUGUCACCAUUGUGAUGGGUCUGCACACGGAGUACCUGGCCUGCUUCCUGCGCACUCAGCACUCCCUGCUGCAGCUGGACGGACCCCUGCCCUACCCCUGGAGACACUUCAUAGCCAUCAUGGCCUCUGCCCGUCACCAGUGCUCCUACUUGGUCCAGCUGCACACCGCAGAGUUCCUGCAGGUGGGGGGGGACCCCCAGUGGCUGGGCGGACUCUCCUGUGCCCCCCAAAAGCUACGGAACCUGAACGAGCUGAACAAGCUGCUGGCACACCGGCCCUGGCUCAUCACCAAGGAGCACAUCGAGAACUCUCUCCUCCUCUCCCAGGUGCUGUUGAAGCCGGGUGGUGAAGGCUGCUGGUCCCUGGCUGAGCUGAUCCACGCUGUUGUCCUCCUCACUCACUAUCACUCGCUCUCCUCCUUCGUGUUCGGCUGCGGAGUCAACCCUGAGCCUGACCACGAGGAGGGCCACGCCUUCCGGCCACCGUCCCCCUGCCCGACCGACAGCCCCAGGAGUGAGGGUGGGGGCAGCGUGCCCAGGGUGGAGACCCUGUGUGAGGUGGAGGCUCUCAUGAGGAAGAUGAAGCUGCUGCAGGAGCAGGAGGAGGAGGCGAGCCAGGAGGAGAUGGCAGUUCGCUUCGAGAGGGAGAAGAGAGAGAGCCUGCUGGUCACUCCUACUGAUGACAGCAAGAGGCUUCCCUCCGCCAGCGUGUCCCGCUUCGUGGAGGAUCCUGAUUUCGGGUACGAGGAUUUCACACGCAGAGGGGAGCAGACGCCACCUACCUUCCGAGCACAGGAUUACUCGUGGGAGGAUCACGGCUACUCCCUGAUGAACCGGCUCUACCCAGACGUAGGGCAGCUCCUGGAUGAGAAGUUCCAGACCGUCUACAACCUCACCUACAACACCAUGGCUAUGCACAGCGGGGUGGACACCAAAAUGCUGCGCAAGGCCGUGUGGAACUACAUCCACUGCGUCUUCGGAAUCCGGUUUGACGAUUAUGAUUAUGGAGAUGUGAAUCAUCUGCUGGAGCGCAGUCUGAAGGUGUACAUUAAAACGGUGGCGUGCUACCCUGAGAAGACGAGCUACAGGAUGUACAAUGCGUUCUGGAGACACUUCCGACACUCAGAGAAGGUCCAUGUGAACUUACUGCUCCUGGAAGCCAGAAUGCAGGCAGCCUUGCUGUACGCACUGCGAGCGAUCACACGCUACAUGACAUGACACCCCCCCUCCCUGCAGAGUGAUCACACGCUACAUGACAUGACACCCCCCCUCCCUGCAGAGUGAUCACACGCUACAUGACAUGACACGCCCCCUCCCUGCAGAGUGAUCACACGCUACAUGACAUGACACCCCCCCUCCCUGCAGAGUGAUCACACGCUACAUGACAUGACACCCCCCCUCCCUGCAGAGUGAUCACACGCUACAUGACAUGACACCCCCCCUCCCUGCAGAGUGAUCACACGCUACAUGACAUGACACCCCCCCUCCCUGCAGAGUGAUCACACGCUACAUGACAUGACACGCCCCCUCCCUGCAGAGUGAUCACACGCUACAUGACAUGACACGCCCCCUCCCUGCAGAGUGAUCACACGCUACAUGACAUGACACCCUCCCCUCCCUGCAGAGUGAUCACACGCUACAUGACAUGACACCCCCCUCCCUGCAGAGUGAUCACACGCUGCAUGACAUGACACGCCCCCUCCCUGCAGAGUGAUCACACGCUACAUGAGAUGAUACGCCCCCCUCCCUGUUUCUGAACAGCUGUGCUCCGUGGGGCUCACUCCAGCAGAGACUCUGACGAGGCACACAGCAUUGCACAGGCCUGGAGUUAUGUGCUGCCCUCAACCUGCUUGUUCAAGAGGAAUCUCUUUCAUCUUUUUGUUCUUAUUAUUUUCCUAUUUAAUUUUUAUUGUUAUUGUUAAUGUGCUUUUUGUUGUGUGAUUUUAGUUUGUUUUUUUAAAGCCUGGCUGCACUGAAAUUUGAUUUGUCUUAAACAUCUGCAUGUGUUUGUAAAUCAAGCGAAAUUGAGAAGUAUAAAAUAGACCUGGUGAGUAAUGACACAAGAUUUGACUAGAAGCCUUUCUCCUUGCCUUCUAGUCAACAUGUCUGUCAUUUACUUCAGUUUCAUGUAGUAUUUUUAAAUGUUCAUCAACAGGCUUGUCUUUUGAAUGUGUUGCUAACUCUCUGAAUGUGAACGCACUAUGAAACAGUCGUCAUAUUUGGAAGAGAUGUGACGUGUGUCGCUGUGCCCGCUCUUCUGUCUAAGAGGGUUGCACCCUCAUUGAAUAGAGCAACAUUUUGUGGUUUAGAAAUACUAAAAGAAACGUAAUGAAUCCAAUGGCACUCAUUUUGAAGAGGCUGCCCCCUCAUUGAAUUCAGUACAGCAAUCCUGAACCCCGCUGUUCUCCACUCCCUAUAAACACUAAAUACAGGACAGGGUGCGGGAGCUCCAGUCAGGUUCAGCUCAUCACAGCCUUCACGGUCCAGCCUGCAGCGGCUCUCCUGUCUCAGUCUGUGCGCUGUGCAGUGGGGGAGAAGCAGGGCUGUUUGUGCAGGUGAUUAUUCGUUUUGCUGUCGCGUUUCCUGUCUGUGCACGCUUAGGAAUUUGUUUGCAGAUGCAAAGAGCUUGAAUCACUAGCUCUGCAGUGCAUUGUUUGCUGUGUUUCUCUGUGGAACAGCAGUGGGUGCAGUUGAAUUAGGACACUGUUUAAUAGCAGGAAGUUCAGCUCUUAAAUUCAUGGUGUGAAAGUGUUUGAGGAGCUGUCAGCAGUGUGUCUUGGACGCACACGUCUCCUUCCUCUUGUUAGUUUAUGUCUCCACCACAGUGUUGUUCACUUGAAGCCCAUGUGACCUUGGUCGGCAUGUUUGGCAUCUUUUGCGAAUACCAAAGAGCCCCCAUUUCAUUUUUUGGUAAAUCGCAUCCUUCUAGCAGUAUUAACUGAAGCAGCCACACCACCAGCUACAGAAGUGAAGGCCCAGUGUUUGGUAUUCCAAAGCAUAAUUACAAAGUCAGAAACCUAACCUCCCAAUAUAAUGUGUGUAGAACUUUAUACUUAUAUAGUUAGAUGACCUGUGAAAGGGCAGCAUUGAAAAGUGUGGAUUGGAGGACUCUGUACACGCCACAAUGAGAUUAUUAGUGCAGUCCUGGUAUUUGUCUGUUCAUGUUGACACAGACCCUCUUCACCUCCCUGCUUCAAAACCUCCACCCUUCCCUUGCUUUGAUUUGCACAGCUGCUGGUGUUUUCAAAAAUAGUUUUCUAUGUGUUGUUUUGCACAGUUAUUGAUGGGGUGUGUGUUGUAUAUUUUGGAUGCAGUAAACAGUAUUUUUUUAAAUGAUUAUUUUUUUCACGUUGGUCCUCAGUUGCAUUUUCUCUGGGGUGUUUCCCUGCACAGAGAGGGGCGCCGGUACAUGCUGUCAGUGUUCUUUGUAACAAUGUUCGUUGUACUGUUUGCAGUGUCAUUGCACUGGGGAUGUUUUGUUGGGUCUCAGUCCCAGGGAAUGAGAAGCAGGUUUCAGUUUCCCAUGUGCUCUGUGUUUUGAGAGGCUCACAGCAAACGCAGGUUUCCCAGAGCUCUGGGAGCUGCAUGUACCCGGAUGGGAGGGUUUCUCUGUGUGCAGGACGGGCGCUUGUCCAGUUCUAAUGUCAUGCACAGUGUGAUUUUUUUAUUUAUUUAUUUUUUGUUUUUUGUAACCUGAAUUUGAAGAGAGAGGAUGUGAAUUGUGCUCUUGUCUAUGCAAAUGGGAGGUUUCUAUUCACUGAAGACUGUUCUGUCUAGAACAGGGAAGUGAUACAAAGACACUGUGCUCUUUCAUUUAGAAAUACAGAAAGAAAUGUAAUAAAUUAAGUGAUUUAAUUUGGACUAGAAGUCUUUUUCAAUGUCUUCAGUGUUGAUUCCCAUACUCUUAUAUCACUGGGUGAUGUGGAUUCCACCAUCCACUGAUACAGAGUGGAGGAUAAAGAGAUACAAGUAUGUGAAUCUAAACUUGUUUGUACAUUAUUGAAAUAUUUGACAUUUUAUUUUGUGUCCUUGAGUUUGUGAAGUUUCUCUCGGUAUUUCUACUGAGUGUUCCACAGUUCUGGAUGUUUUGAUUCAGCCUUGCCUUGGGAAAUGUAGGGCCAGGGAGAAGUGAUCCACUCUCUCAUGUCGAGUGUGUGUGUGUGUGCGGGGGGGGGGGGGGGCGGUAUUUAGAGUCUUGAGCCAAACUCGUGUGCGUGUGUCUGCAGUAUUGCACUUUCAACACAGGAAUGUUUUCUGCUGUGAACUUCUCAAAUUAGGUCAUAGCCUUUUUUAAUUUCUUAGUAUUUUUUUUUUAUAUAUAUAUUUUGUGAAUGAGUAGCGUGUCUCUGUGUCGUCUCCUGGAAGCUGAGCUGGAUCGCACCGAGGUGGAGGAGGAAGAGGAGGAGGGAGGAAGGAGGAGGGCUUCAGGGUCUGGUUAGAAGUUCAAAUGUUGAAGGAACGAAACCUAGCUGAGGUUUUUGGUCCAAUUGCAAAACCUUUAUUUAACACUAGAUUUCAGCCCAGGUAAUAAUUUCUAAAUGAUGCUAUUAGGAAUGCAAAGAAAGGCAUUGAAUUCCUUUGCAAUACUUUGUUGCUGGCAGACCCCUCUCUCCUCUCUCCUCUCUCUCUGGUGUCAUUCAGGAGCGUGUGCCGUGCCGCGCCUCUCCAGACAAUGCUGAGUCCCACCUCUCUCGUCUUCUAUUUUCUGUUUUGAUUGUAGUUUUACUUUUGUUAUUUAAAUGUCAUCAUGCUGAGUUGUAUAUUCUGAAAACGUGUUGUACAGAGUGCAGUUUGAGACUUUGUAAUUAUAACUAUCUUUAAAUAAUAAAACAAGUAAAUAAAAGUUUUAUUCUUCAGUAAAA